AACCAGAGAGUUUUAGUUUGUUUUUGCGAGCUUGCUGUGAACGUUGUAUGCUCAUGUGCGGUGGUUCUUCUGACUUAUUUUACGAUCUGCUCGAUACUUAUAUCCGCAAGUGCAAUAUUUAUUUUCUGCAUGCAUCUUGAUAUUUGGCGACGUAUUCCAGAAAGUGUCAACUUUUCAAUGUAUGGAUAUUUUUUCGACAGAAUGCCAUAUUUCGUUAUUUUCCUAUUGUUCCUGACUAGUGUAAAAAUAACAACAACUCAAGAAAGUGCCCAAUACCUACGUAAUGUAAUAAGAGACUUGAAAGCGUUGAAAGACAGAUCAACAGCAAGAAGAAUAGUGAACAUAGACAGAACUCAAGAUGAUGUUUUUUCAACAAUUGCCCCAGAGCAAUAUAUUAACCGAAGAGCACAGAAAGGCGAUGUUCCUGAGCUGUCUUUGACCAAGGGGGAAUUGGCAUCUUUGUACCAAGAAGCGGUAUCUAAAGGCCAUACUGUUCAACUUGAAACUGGAGAGGACACUUACGUAAAUGCUGCCAUACAUGAAGUAGAGGAUUCAGAACAAAACAGACAUCCAUCUGGUGAUGUUGAAGAUUCACAUGCAGACGAGACUGGCUAUUAUUAUUAUUAUUAUCCCAUUAAGAGUUUUUUGGACGAAAUUACUUCACAGCCUUCCGAAAAGGAUCACCAUUACAGUCAUAGCCAUAAGCCACAUUAUGAUAUAAAGCCAAAACAGAAACCAAACUACAACUAUCAUACACAUACGCAUCAGCAUAAUGUUAAAAUAUCCACGACCAAAGCUGCGGAUGGUGAUAAAAAAAAUAAUAAGCUCGAACCAUUGUUUAUGGCGAUAUCAGGUUUCAUAGGUAUGGCAGUGAUGUUUGUAUUGUCAGUUUUGAUAUUUCCAAAGUUUGGCAUCAAACCACAUAAAACUAAAGCAAAACAAGAUUUGGGAGAUAUUGCCAGAAUAGCUUUACAAGCAAUCGAGGGACAGGACUGUAGGGAGAGAUUCGCUUGUGAAUUGAGCAAAACUGCAAGGUCCCUUAAUUUGCAAGAAAACAGAUUUGUUAAAUUCAUUUGGAGGAUAACACCAAGUUCUUUGAGUAAGCAAUUCGCUAGAGUAAACAAAUAUACAAAGGAACUGAAAUGUACAGCAAUUCCUUGUAAGAAAAAGCAGCCUGUAGCCAAAACGAAUCCAAAAAACGUAAAGAAGAAACCGAAAAAGACUUAAUUGCCAAUGUAGAUAUUUAAGGUAUAUUAUUUAAGGAAAAAAUAAAGAAAUACAUUGUA